ACAGAGAUGCGCCAUGCAGUCUCAGCGCUGCUCUCAACUCUGGCUGGACAACUGUGGAGCUGCGACGCAGCGACGCAUCUCGCACUUGGAAGACUGUAUUCUUACUGACUGGAAGUGACCGGUGAUCAGCUGCAGAGGAACUUUUUGGAUACAUGUUUUUGAAAUAACUGGGAUCGGAAAAAUAAAUGGGACAACAGAAAUCGCGAGAACUUGAAUCGCUCCAGUUGUGUGCACGGUUCAGCUUUGCCAACUUUGUGCACUAGCACCAUCCGAUCUCCCUCAGUCCGUGCGGGCGCAGCAGCAGAGGAGGAGGCUGGAUGUGGCAGGAGACGGGUCACUGAGCUGCAGUGAGUUUCCCAGUCCCCAACUCUCCAAUGUCACCAGACAGGAUGAUGAUCAUUGGACUCCUGCUCAAUGUCUUCUCUCAUGGUAGUGCACCAGCAUCUGCAUCCUUAGACUGUCUGGUGGCGGAGCAGGGUUGCAUCCAGGAGCAAUCCUGCAUGGUGCUCUAUCGACUGCUGGAGUACUGUGCAGCUGAGGAGGCUGUGUCGCCCCUCGGCUCAGACGCCCGCAUGGAGUGCCUGGAGGCCCAGAGCUCCUUGCAGCAUUACCGCCCCCUUCAAGUUUGCAAGUGUCAGCGUGGCUCUCGCAGGGAGGAACACUGCCUCAGGGUCUAUUGGACUGUGAGAUUUGCAGCAUAUGAUGAGUAUGAAGUGUCUCCAUAUGAAGAACUGCAGUUAAAUCUAGUGAGAAACAUUGAGAUGUCACGUAUGGCGUCCAUCAUGGCAGUUUCCUCUCUUUCUGUGGAUGGCCAAAACCAGUGUCUGAAGGCAGCCCAGGACUGUGGCUUGUAUGAGAAAUGUGGCUCCCUGCGCUCAGAAUAUGUUGUGGCCUGCACCAAGCGAGCAACAGUCUCUGACAACAGCUGUAACCGCCAGAAAUGCCACAAAGCCCUGCGGCGCUUCCUGGAGCGCGUGCCAGAGGAGUACAGCUUCGCUCUGCUAUUCUGUCCCUGCUCUGACACUCUGUGUGGGGAGCGUCGGAGGAAAACCAUCGUCCCUUCAUGUUCCUAUGAGGAGAAUGGGAGAGGGGAGGAAAGACUGGGCAAGCCCAAUUGCCUCAGCCUGCAGAACUACUGCUCCAGAGACGAGCUGUGUAGAUCCCGGUUUGCUGAUUUCCAACACAACUGUCAGCCCUCCCCCCUGUCUGCCUCUGGCUGUAUGCGAGAGAGCAGAGCCAUGUGCCUGAAGGCCUACGCUGGACUCAUAGGUACGAUCAUGACUCCCAACUAUGUGAGCAACAGCAGCACCGAAGUGUCCCAGUGGUGCACAUGUGACGGCAGCGGGAACGAAUGGCAGGGCUGUCAGCGCAUCUUGAAUUUGUUCAGCAACAACAUAUGUCUGCGCAAUGCCAUCAGCUCCAUGGGAAUCUCUGCACCUCCUCCUGUGGAAAACACUCCCGUGCCAGCUUCUCAGCCCCCCCCUAGAAUCUACCUGGAGAGGGUCCACGUCAGCGUUAACACUCUUCCUGAAUUCAACAGUAUGGAAGACAGCGAGGAAGAGGAGCAGGAGGAGGAGGAAGAAAGUGAGGAAUUCAAUGUCAUCCCACCGUAUUCUGAGAAGGACUCUAACAUUGAAUCGGGGGCUAGAGGGAGUAAACGGGGAGCAGCUAGCCGAGCGGUACCUGUGUUACUAUUACUGCUGCUGCCUACACUCAUCCUGGACUGGGAGAGUGGGAGCUACUGAGGCCUCCAUUUCAUUCACCACUCAUCUUUUACACUCGCUACCGCAUCACAGCACUCAGAAUGAACCACGGAGGACAUUUGUGAGGAAUAAAUGCUCUAUUUCUUUUUCUUUCUUUUUUUUUGCA